GCUCGAGAGAGGGAAGACGUAAUGGUGUUAUUUCUUGUGCCCUUGCAAUGGUCAUCGUCCUAAUAUUACUUGACAAUUUCCACAACCGUGAUUCAUCAUGAAGGCGGGGGCAUCGUCGAUGUGGGCAUCCUGCUGCGGGCUGCUGAACGAGGUGAUCGGGACGGGCACGGUGCGGGCGCAGCAGCCUGGCUUCGGCUCCGGGGCGGGGCCUUUCCGCUUCGCCCCCAGCGCAGGGUACUCCACCUACCCCCCCACCACCUCAGGGAGCGCCGGGCAGCUGUGCAAGGCCUGCGGACUGGCCUUCUCUGUGUUCAGACGCAAGCACGUGUGCUCGGACUGCAAGAGGAGCUUCUGCGCCCUGUGCUCGGUGCCGCAGGAGGACCUGCGCUGCUGCACCACCUGCCACCUGCUCCGCGCCACCUGCUUCCAGCGGCCGCGCCUCAUGCAGCUGCGCGUCAAAGACCUGCGCCAGUACCUGCUCCUGCGCAACAUCCCCACAGACACCUGCCGGGAGAAAGAGGACCUGGUGGACCUGGUGCUCUGUCACCAGGGGGCCGCGGGCACCCCUCGACCCCUGGGGGCGAACCAGGAAGAGGAGGAGGAGGAAGAGGGGGAGGAGCUCGAGGCGGAGGAGGGGGAGGAGCUUGAGGAGGAAGGGCCGGCUGAUACGGACAGUCUUCACUCGCCGGCUCACUCGCUCCAGGCCACGCCCCCGUCCCCCGCACGCUCCCCGUCCGAACUGUCGGUGGUGUCUGCCUCACAGGAAGAUGCGCUCAGCCGGAGUGACAGCUCAGGGACCCCUAGUCAGGACCACGCGGAGAUUCCAACUGUGUCGCUCCUGAACCUGGAACCCGUUGAGAACAUCCCAGAGGUCAGCCCGGCUACACAGAGAAGGGUGCGUGCGUCUCUCUCCGACCUGGAGCACGAAGGAGACAUCAAGAACCUGUCUGUCCGCCAGCUCAAAGAGAUCCUGGCCAGGAACUUUGUGAACUACUCAGGCUGCUGUGAGAAGUGGGAGCUGAUGGAGAGGGUGCAUCGCCUCUACCGGGAGAACGAGCAGAACAGGAAGUCCAUGGAAAAUGUCAGCGAUAGCAUAACAGCAGUGGUGGCGUAUCCUCGUCCAGGGUGUAAUGGCGGGGUCGGAGACGGCACGAGGACGCAGCUGGCACUGGACGACAACCUGUGCCGCAUCUGCAUGGACGCCGUCAUCGACUGCGUGCUCCUGGAGUGCGGUCACAUGGUCACGUGCACUAAGUGCGGCAAGAGGAUGAGCGAGUGCCCCAUCUGCCGGCAGUACGUGGUGAGGGCCGUGCACGUCUUCAAGUCUUAGCUCUGCCGA